UUAUGAUUCAUCCGCUUGAUUAGCAACUUGUGACAAACAAUGUAAAGUAUUAAAUAUCGGUUACAGUUUAUGUGACACAGUAAGUUCGAACGGGUACCUACUAGAUUAACAACUUUCAUUAAAAUGGCCAGGAAUGAAAGAGACAAACUUCCAACUUGGAUUUCUCCAGUGGUGGAGUACACUUUCUUUAUAUGCCAGAUGGGCAGUAGAACGAAAUUGGAAAACGCAUUUGACCUAUAUGCUUUACAAUAUUUUGUGACUCUGAAGAGGGACAUAUUUGUUGAAUGCUUGGGAAAACAAGGCUUUGUGUGUGAAAUAGUAAAUAAGACUAGUACUAUUCUUCUUCAUUGUUCCGAUUGCCACAGCCCUGACAGAGUGUAUAACAUUUUGAACGAACUCCUAAAGAGAACAUAUGACUAUGUAAUAGAUUUACGGUCUCCCGAUGGAUGCAGGUUUUCAAGACAAAUCAGGAAUCAGGGACCGAUGCAGGUGGUUCAUGGAUCAGCAAUCGUUAUCAAACAUGACACAAAGAUGAUUUGUGUGUCUGAUAACAAUGACUGUAUUGAUAGUCUUUUAGAUGAAAUGGGCUAUCACGAAGUUGAGUACCUCGAUAUAAAGCAGUUUGCUCCUAAUUUGUUUUCGCUUGGUAUAGAAGAUGCAUCCUUGCAUCCCAAUAUUAUGAGCAUCAAAGUUCAGCACAGUCAACAGGAAUGCCGUAUUGUGUGGAAAGGACGAGCGAAGGAAACGGGAGAUGCACUUAUACGCGAGUUUUUGAAAAAUUGCUUACAAAAAAGCAUUGACUUUGUUGAAGGGGAACAGCGUCUUCCUUACACCGACCUUGCCUGCAAAGUGAUUUUUGAUGAAAGUGGCGAUAUCAAGAAGCAUUAUGCUCAAUACUUGAAAAGUUUAAGUAAAAAGAAAAGUAAAUGCACACACUUCUCCUUGGUGCAGAAGGACGGAAGAGUUGUUCUUUAUGGUAGAAAUGGAAACGUUGACAAUUUCAAGAAAGAAAUAGAGGAAUCAAUAUCGAAACACAAUCUUGAAAUGAACCUGUUUGAACAAACGGAUGUUUUGAAUUUUUUGAAAAAACACAAAGAAAAACUUUGGUAUGAUAUGUUGAAUGGAACAUUACUCUGCACAAGAGAUCUCACGUCAGAAGUAAUAAAAGUAUGCACAUCACGGCCAUUGAGACAAAGGUUUGAGUUUAAUACAGAACCUGUACUGCUAGUUGCGUUCCUACAGGAAAAUGGCGAAGAUUUAUUAAACCACGCGAAAAUUCUUGGAGUUGAUAUAUUAUUUGAUGGAACAAACAUUUUUCUUGAGAGCUCUUUGGAUCAUGUCUGCAAAGAAUUUCAUAUUGACUUGAAGAAAGCAGUAGAUAGCGGAAGAAUUGUUAUGUCCGUCAAUGAACAGUUUACAGAUUUGGCACGCAUUCAAACCAUAAUGAACCAGACAUCAUGUUCAUGGGUUUUGCAUUGCAAUCACCCAAAGGCUGUUAUAAGUAGCCAAGAUUUUUGCAAGAGAUGGAUCGACCAGUAUAAGUCGACACUAAUAUGCCUUGCAGAGAUAGGUGCAGCAAUAGCUUGCACCGAUAUAUGCAUUGUCUUUACAGCUGACAUGCUUUGUCAGCUUGGUAUUUCAAGUCGCAGAACAGACUUUCUUCAAUCAAAAACGUCCAAAGAAGAUUACAAAGAAAUAGAAACCUUCUAUGGCCCAUUACCAGUGUCUAACGUGUUCGUUGGAUGUCGAGAGAUACAUCUUAUAAGCGUGAAGGUGAACGAAAAAACAAAGCUCAUGGAUUGUUUAGUUAAGGAAAUAACAAUGUCAAGAGCCAACAGUUAAAGGAGUUUGUGCAUAGUUGCUGCGACAGGAAAUAAUGGAAAGGGGUUUACUUAUGAAGACAUUAUAUCUCAGUUUGUUAAAGCCUUGCAAGAAGUUAUUCACAAACAACGUCCAACAUUUACACAGGAUAUACACAUUCUUGUUGAUAAAGGAAAUAUGGCAAUAGCAGAAGCACAUAUUGAAAGGUCUCUGUCUGGUAUGUUCAAUACUUCCCGACGAGGAAAGAAUAGCGCGAAAAAGGCAAACACAGACAAAACGAUCUUUUGGCAAUUAAGAGAAAAUGAGGCAUUCUACGAUCGUUUAGAACUAAUUGGACGCACUAAAGGUUGUGCUUUGAAUGCAAAAGAAGAGGUCUUACAAUAUAUUGAAGAAACCAAGCGUUUGAACUGCUGUGAUGCAGACAACCAAAGCGACUUGACGACAUCUCAGACUGACCAAGAUGACGAUGAUCAAUGCCGUUUUCAGGACAUGGAAAUGUCGGCUACAAUCAAUCCAGGGAUCGUUCAUUUCUUGGGAGCAAACCUUGCUCGAUGGGCGGAUGCUGUGAAGAAACAUCUCGAUGUGACGAUUGAAGUUAUCGGUAGCGGGUCUGCUAGAGUGAUCGGUGACUUCAAAAACAUCAUGUCUUUUGAGAAAUAUCUGCAGACCCAAUUCCCAAAAGAUCCUGACGUAAUAUCCGAAUGAAGGCAAAUCAAAUUUUGCUAAUAGACAUGCUUGCGAUUUGUUGUUAUGAAUAAGCUAUGCGAUGUGUUUCCAGCCAUAUUAUGCAAUUUGUGUGUUUUACUCGUUUACAAAGGUGUAAACUGCUAACAUACGAAGGCCAUUCAAAAUAUACACAGACACUGUACCAAGGUACAACCUAUGUUCAGGCCAAAAAAAUAACUGUUUGUUUAGGGUAACCUUCCCAAAAUUUCUAGGUAAGGUAGGUAGGGAUUUUUUUUUAAUUUGUCGUAAGUUCAGAGUGUUUUCUUGCACAUGGCAGUCUUUCCUACAUUACUGUCAUUGCCUGACUUUGUUUUAUUAUAUAAACAAUAAUUCUGAUUAAAAUCUGCAUUCAUCCGCCCUUCGUAACUCUGUAUUCGCUUACGAAUGUUUUUUUUGCUCAGAAACGGAAAAAAAUAGUUAGGGUUGGCGCAUUUUUAUAGGUAGGGUCGGGUUACCCGAAACAGACAUAUUUUUUUCUAGGCCUGACAGGAAACGUCGGAAUCGAUUCUCUUAAUGUGCACACUUGCAAGAAAGUAUGUUGAUUUUUCUGUAUAUACGAGAAAUGAUUUUCGUAUUUUUUAUACAUUUCAAACAAAACAAUUCGGUGCAACUCACUAAUGUCAAACGGCGUGGCUUUUGUAUUUACAAGUACAACAUUUUUAGCAAUAACAGUAAUAAAUUUAUUAUCUUUAUUUUUUAAUUGAAGUUUUGACAAGUGAGUAUCAACGUCAUAUCAACAUGAAUGUUCAUAAAACUUAACCAAUGGUACAGAUCCUUAUAUGAAUUAAACAUAUGUUUAGGGUGUCGUUUUGCUGAUUUAAAAACACAACUCGAAUUAACUAUGACAGCUUCAAAUUUUAACAUUUUUUAAAUUGAAUAUUCAAGAGGCAUUUUUCACCUCUAUGUAUGUAAUUCUAUACUACUUUUAGCUGAAAACUUUGUGAGAUAUUAUCGAUCGCUAAGAAUUGCCGAGCUGUUUGAUUCUUCAGGUUGAUCAGUGAAUGUUGACAUAAUAUAAGCUUGUUCUGUAUUGAGCUGGGGUGGUAUUCAAUAAUCAACUUAAGUAAAUCUUAUUGUCACCCAUCAUUGACUUCAUUCUCUCUAUAAGUCAGUAAUUUAAAACAAGUUAUCCGAUUAGCUACAUCGUUCUUAGAUUAAAUUAAGACCAAUAUUGAAUACCAGCCCAGGUCUUAAAUAUAUCCCCUUACAUUAAACGUGAUCAUAAUUGUAAUAUCAGUGCUUUAAAUGGGAAUCCUUUUUGAGCUGAGUGAUCACCCAAAAUGGCAAACCUUGAACAGUUGAUUUGUUAACAUUUAUUUAACUUGAAAGCGCCAGACAUGAUUUUGGGAAAGGGUGACUUUUUGCUUGAAUUUAUGAAAUCUGUUGAAAUAAGUUUGAAACUGUUUUGUGUGUGUUUAUGGUAAUAAAAUUUGAACGGCAUUCCUGCGUAUUUAUAACCAUUCUCAUGAUAUAGGCUAUGAAUACGCUAGGGUGCCGAGGUUCAUUAAAUAUGUGAGAGAGUCAAUGAUGAUAUGCAUAUUUUAUUAAAUAUAUAAUUGGCGACUGUGCGUUUCCCUGUUCUUUUCAUUGUAUUGUUAGUCGUCGUGUAAAUAAAGUUUAUGUUUUUAUAAUUUUCAACCUUACAGAGACGGAGUCCGGUAGUCUUUAAUUAUAAUUGUCUUAGCCAAGUUGAAGGCAGUUUUACUCUACGGUUUUAAAGCAUUAUUCCUCUUACUAAGGUUGCUAAUGAAACACUUUUGUUGUGAUAUACUUAGAAUUUAAAGACUUACUUUUAUCUGUCAGAACUUCUUUUCCAUUUUUAAAAAAAAGAAUAUGCAAAUGUUUUAUUCAUUUUUUGCAGAGUCUCUCAUUCGAUAUUCUCUAGCAUUGCCCAUCUAGCAAUGUUCUCUAACUUUUGGACAGAAUUGGUUGCGAAACCUAUUCAUGAGUAGUGCGCCCUUACAGGGUCGUCGUUUAAAUUGUUGGCUUCCAGGCCUGUCCAUGUAUAUUUUAUUUCAUCCUUACUAUUUUGUUUUGAAUAUCUUUAAAUUAGCUUUGAUCACAGAUACAUAUUUUGAUGAUAAUCAUCUCCAUUUUAAUUAGACAUUACUGAUUCGUGAAUCAAUAGUUUUAAGUGAGUUUGUUUAUAACGUUAUGUCAUAUAUAUGUUAAGAGAAGUGUCGAGUGACCGAUCGGUCGAGCAUUCUUUUGUAAUAAAACUCAAUUAAGUUAAUGUGUUAUUCCAGAUAAGUGUGUAGAUUACUGAAUACAAAUGCUUUUAACUUUUUUAGUAUUAAUUCAGAUAUGCAGAAUAUCACGACUGUCUGUAUAUAAGAAUGGAAAUAGCACUUUUCGAUAAAAAAAAUGUGUUUUUAAGAGGAUAAUGUAUUUUUAAGUAAAUUAAAGCUACGCUCUAUUGUUAAAAUAUAUUCAAUCUACUACCUUAUGUAUUAGCUCGGAUAAACACCAAUCAAUUUUGAUUCAACAUAUACUUUAAACUUUUACAAUUUUGUAAAUAUUGAUUGAUUGUUUUUAAAUGUUUUUACAAUAAAUAAAGUUUUAU